UCUAUAGCGCGCGACCCCGGCGGCCGCUGCGGCGACGGCGCUCGGCGCGCGGAGCGACAGCCAUGGCUGUGGCCGUCGAGGGCUCCCGCAGGAAGGAGCGCAUCCUCUGCCUGUUCGACGUGGACGGGACCCUCACGCCAGCACGCCAGAAAAUUGAUCCUGAGGUGUCAGCCUUCCUGCAGAAGCUGAGAAGUAGGGUGCAGAUUGGCGUGGUAGGGGGCUCGGACUACUGCAAGAUCGCUGAGCAGCUCGGUGAUGGGGAUGAAGUCAUCGAGAAGUUCGACUAUGUAUUUGCUGAGAACGGGACGGUGCAGUACAAGCAUGGGCGGCUACUCUCUAAGCAGACCAUCCAGAACCACCUGGGGGAGGAGCUGCUGCAGGACUUGAUCAACUUCUGCCUGAGCUAUAUGGCCCUGCUCAGACUGCCCAAGAAGCGGGGAACGUUCAUCGAGUUCCGGAAUGGCAUGCUGAACAUCUCACCCAUUGGCCGCAGCUGUACCCUGGAAGAGAGGAUCGAGUUCUCAGAACUGGACAAGAAGGAGAAAAUCCGGGAGAAGUUUGUGGAAGCCCUGAAGACAGAGUUUGCUGGCAAGGGGCUGAGGUUCUCCCGAGGAGGCAUGAUAAGCUUCGAUGUCUUCCCUGAGGGCUGGGACAAGCGCUGCUGCCUGGACAGCCUGGAUGAGGACAGCUUCGACAUCAUCCACUUCUUUGGGAACGAGACCAGCCCUGGUGGGAAUGACUUUGAGAUCUACGCGGACCCCCGGACUGUCGGCCACAGCGUGGUCUCCCCUCAGGACACCGUGCAACGAUGCCGGGAGCUCUUCUUCCCAGAGACGGCCCACGAGGCAUGACGGUGUCCGCAGCUGAGCAUCGGGACCUUCAAAGAGCUCCGGCCAGGCCUGAAGGGAGAACUGUGGGGUGCCGAGGUUCCCAUCCCACUGGUCCAGGAUGGUUGUAUCAUGUGGGGAGCCACCAGGCCCGUUCACACAGGGCCAGGGCCUAUGCGGCAGCAGUCUCCAGCCAGGUGGCGCCUGAUGAGACAGUCUACACCGACAUCCGUGGCCUGCUGCUGCUGAUCUUUGGGAGAGAAUAAGUUUCACCCCAGAGGGUGGUUGUGAGUUAUGCUGUGGAGCCUGCUGGCCACAGAGUGGCAGGGAAGGGGCACUACUCAAAGGACUUUGUCGCAGAUAUUAAAGUUCCCAAAACAAGGUGUGUUA